AAUGAAGGAAGCAGCAAGGUUUAACUGACUCUUUGCUACUAUUUCUCUUAAUUGGUCUCCACAUAUCAAUAAUGUCAAGAAGCACAAGAAUGGCGUUUUUGCAACUCCUCUGCUUCGUCUUCCCAAUACUCUUCUCUGCUUCUGGAUCCAUAAUUGUCUCCACGCCUCAUGCGGCGGAGUCCUUCAAUGCCAGUCUCAUUCAGAAUUUCGGAAGUUGUAGUUACACGGUGAUCAUCACGACGAGCUGUUCGUCACCGAGGUACACGAGAGACCAGAUCAGCCUCGCUUUCGGCGACGGCCACGGACAUCAGAUAUACGCACCGAGGCUUGACGACCCAGGGACGAGAGCAUUUGAGCAAUGUUCAUCAGAUAGAUAUGAGAUAAGCGGACCAUGUGCAUACCAGAUCUGCUAUAUCUAUCUCUACAGGUCUGGUCCAGAUGGUUGGGUUCCAGGGACUGUUAGGAUAUUCAGCCAUAGCUCCAAGGCAGUCACUUUCUCCUUCAACACGUUUGUCCCUGAAAGCAUUUGGUAUGGUUUUAACCACUGCAACAGCAUCUCGCUUUCUAACUCCCUAUCUUUCGGUCUCAGCAAGUUCCUACUACUUUUAGCGCUUGCUACAUUGCUUUGGUAAUAUGUAGUAUACAUUUGUUUCGUCUUUGCUAUCUUCUCUCGUACGUUUGCUGCUGAGUGAAAAACCUCUUAAGCCUACCCACCGGUUGAACAAUAAAGAUCCCCCGUACGGUUCCAACUUUUUCUAAAGCUAAGCCCAAUUUUAAAGGCCUCUGGGCCUUAUUUUUAUCCAGUUUUAUAAAAAGCUCACAUUGUAAG